AUGAUUACUACAUCUUUCUUCAACUCUAGUAAAACAAGUCAUAGAGCAUGUAAAAUUAAUCUUAAACCAUCACCUGAUGAAAAUAAAUGCGGCUCAUUGUACCAACGAUUACCUAUUUGUGUUGGUGCACGUGUUAUUAUUAGACGAAAUAUCGAUCAAGAUAACUCUGUUAUCAAUGGAACUGAUGCCAUAGUAAAAAAGAUAGUUUGGGAAGAUUCUACAGAUUUUCUUUUGCCACCAGCAACAUCCGAAGACUUAUUUCCUGGAUUAUCAAAUGUUAUCAACACAAAACUACCGAAAUAUGUAGAGCUCGAAUUAUUCAAUGGCCAAACAUAUAAAUUGGAACCUCAGGAAAGUCGAUUUAAUGAUAUGAACAAUAUCAGCAUGACUCGUUUGCAAUUGCCACUUGCUCUUGGAUAUGCCAUAACUAUACACAGAACUCAAUGUAUGACAUAUUCAAAAUUAGUUAUUGAUCUUGCUGGUAAAUAUUGGAAACCUGCAUACGAUCGAAAAUCUUUUAAAAAUAGUGUUCCUGAUUCAAACGUUAGUUAUACAUCUGGUGUCAAUAAUACAGAAAAAAAGAAUAAAAAGUCACGAAAUGGAUCGAAACACACUAAUAAACGUUUGAAAGUUAUAAACAAUAUCAAUGUUAUUGAUGAUAACAAUAUUGGUGAUGAUAUCAUUACACCUGAGGAAGUAAUAAUUUGUGAAAGACAGCGACGUUUGUUUUGUGGUCGUCAUGCUCUUCGAGGUCUUGUACAAGAUAGACAAAUAUUUCAUGAUACAUAUUUAAUUAGUUUAGCAGAAGAACUUGCAACAGAAAAACUUGCACUUCGUCCAACUACAACUACAAAACAAUAUUUAAAUGACGAUACAUGUAAUCGUCAAUUUUCUUAUGAUACUAAUAUUUCAUCAAAUUUCACAUAA